AUGUCAGAACUCACACCCGCCAUUGUCAUUGAUAAUGGCUCCUAUGCCAUUAAAGCAGGUUUUUCUGGUGAAGAUGCACCAAAGGAAGUCUUUCCCACAACCAUUGCAAGAAAUCCAGCACGUCCUCUAAUUGGUAGUUCCACUGAAAAAGAAUUUAUUAUUGGAAGAUUUUCGAGUGAAUUGGAUAAUAAAAGUCCAUUCGAAAAUAGACGAAUCAGUAACUGGGAUUAUAUGGAAAAUAUUUGGCACUUCACUUUUUAUGAAGCUCUACGAGUUGCUCCCGAGGAAGCUCCAAUUAUUUUAACAGAACAUUUAAAUACUCCAAAAGAGGAAAGAGAAAAAAUUACACAAAUCAUGUUCGAAACUUUCAAUGCUCCAAGUUUUUAUUUGGCCAAUGAUUCGGUAUUGAGUGCUUUUGCUUCUGGAAAAUUAAAUGCUGUGGUUGUUAAUAUGGGAGAGGAAGAAACUCAAAUUGUUCCAAUGUUUGAAGGAAAUGCUUUACCAUAUGCUAGCUCAACAAUUGAAUUGGGUGGAAGACACAUCACUGAUUAUUUAAUUAAUUUAGUGAAAUUGAAUGGACAUGGUGUGGAAUCAUUUGCUGAGAAGGAGAUUGUUAGAGAUUUGAAAGAAAAGAAAUGUUAUGUUGCCAAAGAUUAUGACCAAGAAAUGGAAUCAUUUAAUUUUGAAUUACCUGACAAGACUAAAUUGGAUAUUGGAAAGGAAAGAUUUCAAGCUCCAGAACUUUAUUUCCAUCCUCAACUCUAUGAAAUUGAACAAACAAAUCUUAGCACUGCCAUCCACAACUCCAUCAUGAAACUAGAUAUUGACCUCCAUAGAAUCCACUAUUAUUCAAGAGUUCUACUCAGUGGUGCAAGUUCCUUAUUCCCAGGAAUUGAAGAUCGUUUGCAUCAUGAACUUUUUGCAUUAUCUCCUGUGAGUGCAAAUGUUAGAGUGGAUGCUCCUAGUGAGAGGAAAAUAUCGACCUUCAUUGGAGCUAGCAUUCUUGGAAGUUUAUCAACAUUUGAAAAUUUGGCAAUCAGUAAGGAUCAAUAUGAGGAAGUAGGACCAUGUGUUGUUCAUAGAAAAUGUUUCUAA